AUGACCUCGUCUAUUCGGCUCGCCUUUCUGGCGACGCUGUUGCUUCUGCUACCGUUGGAAGCUCAAAUCCAACAGGCCAACUCUGCAAAUAUUAAUCAAAAUAUUGGACAGCAAGAAGCUGGAACUCUUUUUACUGGAACAGGAAAUAAUCUUUAUUAUGGAGUGAAUCUCGUUCCAUUCGGACCGGAUGCUGGAGAUCAAGAAGUGAAUCCAGGAUUACUGACAGCUGGACAGACAAUCGAUCUUCAUAUGUAUUUCCCAUUUUACGGAGGGUUGUACAAUUAUUCUACACUCUCUGUAAACGGAUACAUCGGAUUUGCAACAGUUCUUGAUCAAGGACCGACUCUCAACGUUGGUCCAGAUAUGACUGAUUGGCCGAGACACGAAGAUCCAGCAAUGAUUGCUCCAUAUCUAUGUAAACAACAGAUUCCACAAAGUCUGAAUCCAGGAAUGCGUUCCGGAGUAUUCUAUCGUUUGAUGAUGCGUCAAUCUCUCUUCGGAAGACAAUCUGGAAGUAACACAAAUAUGGGUCAAUCCUCGUAUCAGUCAUCAUUCUUCGGACAAUCCGCCUCGCAAGCUUGUCCAGGAACACCCGAUUCUUAUGUUCGAUGUGAUACUCAAGCUGAUUAUUUCCUCGAAGAAAUGCAAAGAUGGUUGAUUGAAGGAGUUGCUGGAGCAGCUGCAUUCCGUGCUGAUGCUGCAUUAGUUGUUACCUGGUAUAACACCGCAUCAGCUAUUUCUGGAAGAUCUGACAUUGAUUCUGGACAGUUGGCCACUUAUCAAGUAAUCUGGUUGACCGAUAGAACCGCCCGUCUCUCAUAUGUUAUUCUAAACUACGAUCGUCUUGGAUUCGACGCCGCCGAUUUCCGUCAAAACUCGCGUUCGGGAAGAUGUCAGGCUCUAUUCAAUGGUGGAAACCACACAGGUCUCGUCCCAGUUGACCCAACUCAAGAUUUCAAAAACACUCCAAAAGUUCUUGCUCAAAGAUCUGGAGUUCCACAAAUGGUUCGAGGAAGAUAUAUGUUCAGAGUGGAUGAUGUAGUGAGACCAGCUGGAUGCAGUAACAAAACUGGAGGAACUUACCCAAUGUUGAUCUACCCAAACAUUGUGAAUAUGCUUGGAGAAAUGACAGUUGACGUGAAUGCAAUCUGCCUUGACAAAGCUCAAACCUAUAUUCUUAUGAUUGAACAACGUGCAACUGCCACGUGUACUGUCUUGACUUCUGCAAUUGCUCGAUGCAGUCUACCGACAAUCAACGAUUGGGGAACUAAAACUGUCUAUUUCCAACCACAAUCUGGAGGUGCAAACGAUGAAAAAGCUUUCGUUGGAUACAUUUAUUUCGUUCCGCCGACACUUGAUCCGAUGAGAUUGGAUAUUGGAAAUGUAUACGAUUGGUUCAAGAAUCCUCUUCCAUUCACGACGAUGCCGUUGGUCUGGUACCCGAGAAAUUUCACAAAUCCAGAAAUGAGUACCCACAUGGAUCAAAUCAGAAUGAACGAUGACUCGUUAUACAGUGUUCAACUUGGAUUGUAUGUCAUUGCAUACAGAGAACGAAAAGACGAUAAAAUGAAAAAAUUCAAUCCUGAGCAUCGUGUUAUCUGUCGAUUGGCUACUUACUCCAACCGUAAUACUUAUGAAUAUCGUUGGAAGCCACAGGAAGAAAGAAUUAAUUUAUAUCAAGUUGAACAAUGGUACAUGAACGAUUGGGAACGACAAAAUGAACUAUAUCAAUAUCGAUUCGGAUACUUGAAACUGUCUCCAUUGAGAACGAAUCAAGAACAAAAUCCACAACUUUUGCUAUCUGGACUUGUAUCGUCUCCGAUCUCUCUCCAUUUCCUCUGGACUUCAAAUAAUCCUAAAUUUGCCACAACCACAUAUUCUGUGAACGACGAGGCUUCUCGUACAGAAUAUAUCAAGAAGAAGGCCCUUGAAAUGUGCCAUGACUGGUACGAUGAAGACGGAGCACAAUGGAAUUUCAUCCGAGACACCGAGACCAACUCAUCGUGUCCAUGUAUUGAGAAACAAGCGAUUGCAGAUAUCGGAAGAUUUAUGCCUCAUCCAAGAUGUUCUCAAGCAUUCCGAGAUAUCACUUGUACUACUUCGAUUGGAUCCAGAAAUUGUUACAUGAGUUCUCAAAAUGUGAUGACGACUUAUGCUGGAGAUGGAAGAACUUAUAACUCUGAGAACACAGCUCGUUUCUCAACUCACUACGGACAAGUCUGCUGCUAUGACGAUCAAGGACAUUUGAUGCAAACAUCCUAUCAACCUGUCAUUAAAGUGACACCUGAUGUUCCCUAUAAUCCUGGUUUCCCUCUGAGAGCUUAUGAAUUUGGAACAGCGCCAUAUAUGGGUCAAUAUCAAGUGCCCGGUCUAUCUGCAUUCCACAACGACUACAUGCCCUAUUUUCUUUGUUGUAAAUUCGCCGACUUCCGAUGUCAAAUGUUCUAUUGGAGACGUCCGUCUUCUGGAUGUCAAGAGUAUCAACCACCUGCUUAUGGUGAAGUGAUGGGUGGUGGAACAUUCAAUACAAUCGAUAAUGACAAGUUCGUUUUUAAUGAACCUGGAGUCUACAAUGGUAUUUACAUUCCGAAGACUCUUUCGACGCCAGAAGUUAAAGUACAGAUUCGAAUGGAGAGAUAUCCGAACAGAAGAGUUGAUUUCAGUCUUCUCGGUCGUUAUAUGGCUCAACAAGAUCUUGUUCAACCAACGAAUAUCACAGUUGUAACUGGAGUUGUAUUGGAAGCAUCUGGAACAGAUCGAGUUCAUGUUCUUGCGAGAAAAGAUACAAGAAGAUUCAGAUAUAGAACAUCGAUUAUUGUUGGAAACAUCCUCAGAUAUUUCGAUACAAUGAGAAUUCAACGGUUCAAGGGAGUCAUGGUUUAUGUGAAUAAUGUGGAACGUGGACAACCAGAAAUCUAUGUCGUCCUUGAAGAAGCUCAAAUUGGAGUUCGUGUCCGUGAAUCAUAUGCUCUCGAUAUCGAUCGUCUUUCUGAAUACCAAGAAUCCAUGGGAAUUCUCAAUGUUGCCAUUUCGGUACCUCCUCAAUACGGAGUUCGUCCAGAUGGAGACAAAACGAGAGAACAAGAACUUAGACAGAGAUACAACUUGCCACGUGUCAGUGGAGUAUUCCGUCCAUUCCCUGAUCAAUCAUCUGGAAGUUAUUUGAAUACGUUGACAUUGAAUGACGUCAAUUCGGAAACUUAUAGACAACAGAUCAUUCAGAUGUACAGAGUUCAAGGCUCCGGAGAACCAGGAUCUGAUCAAAACAUCAAUAACCAAGGAAAUAAUUAUGGAAUGCCAACUGAGAAUAUGUUUACAACUUCAAGAGAUGAGGACAAGAAAUUCGAAGUUUUCCCAGAAGCUCAUAUGAGAAGUGAACCUAUUUUCAAGACUGCACCUAAAUAUGAAACUGGAGUUUAUCGGUUCUAUCCAAUCACUGGACAAGUUAUGAAUCAACGACUUCAGACAUGCAGAGAUAUGCAACAGUCCAAUACAAUCAAUCUCCAGCCUCUUCAAUCUCAAUUAACUGCUGAUUACGGACAAACUCAAUGUCCAGAUAAUCCAGCUGCUGUCAUCCAAGAUUGUGGAGAUUCCGUGUCUUGUCUCUAUGAUUAUUCCCUUCUCAAUUCGAAACUUCUCGGAAUAAAUGUGAAAAAUGAGUGGAAUACGUUCACUUCUGAUCGAUUCGAUGCUUCCAGACAAUACAACAGUUGCGGAGUAAUCAAUAUCGAAUAUCCAGAAUAUUUGAUGAAAACAUCAUCGAUGACAUCUGCAUAUAUGCAAGGAGAUGUUGCACGUUUUGAAUGUUUCCAAUCUCAUUGGAUCAAGGGAGUUCAUGAAUACAAAUGUGGAAUUGUUGUGGAUAGAAACCGAGUCAACAUGAAUGAAUAUCGAUUCGAGUGGAAUAAAGGAGAACAACCAUGGUGUAGAUCAAGAGAAAAAGAGAAUUUCCUGAUUUGGCUCUCGAUUAUCGCCGGAAUUCUUGGAGUCAUCGUCUUCGUUAUCCUCAUUUUCUUGUGUUGCUGGAUUGUGAAACAGAAGAAAUUGAAUGAAGCAAGUGAGACAAGAAGGCAAAAUGGAUUUGAUAUGGCAAGCAGAAGUUCAAUGACUGGAAGUAGAGGAGGAAAGAAAUAUCCGAUUAACGAAUCAGAACCACUCAAUGAAAAACGAUUCGAUGCGGAUACAUUCAGAGAUGAUGACUUCUAUCCACCAGCAAGAGAAGGACAAUACGCUCGAGCAGAUGAUUUACACGGAUUGAAGACAUCUGUAUAA